GAUCGCUCUCCUCUCCUCAAUCAACUCCACAAACAAAGCUAAUUAGGUCGCGGAGAUCUUGCAACUAUGGCGAAAAAAAGCACUAGAGGAGAGCUCCUUUUCAAGAGGAACUAUGAUCCGGACUAUGAUUCGGAUGAGGGAUUGCUCCAGUACAGCUACAGUUAUCGAGCGGCUGCAGCAAAGACGACUGGGGAUAGCGAUCUGUGUUUCAGGAAGCUGGCAAAGACGGACAUCUUAAUAUCCCCUGCCGAGGCGAAGAGGAAGUGUACGAAUGAUGACGAUCCGGGCUAUGAUUCAGAUGAGGAAUUACUCAAGUACACCUACCAUUAUCGAGCGGCUGCAGCAAAGACGACUGGGGAUGACGAUCUGAGUUUUGGGCAGUCAAAGAUCCGCGCCGCCAUUAUAUGGUCGACGGAACGGAAGGCAAUUAAUGAGGAGAAGUAGUACCUGGAGUGAAGAUCUGCAGCAGAGAUCACGUGGAUUUCUCUAUAUGGGUUUGGGGGCUUUGAUUUUUGGGGGUUUAUACAUGAGUUUUCGUACAAGCAUAAUGUUUGAAUGUUCGGUUUAGGUUUUCAUAUAUGUUUUGUGCUUCCUAUUAUUACUGGUUUUGUGCCCAUGUAUUAAUAUUAUUUGGCGGCAGGCUGAUAUUGUAUAUAUUUAUUAGGGUUAAUAUAGUUGUAUGAUCCAAACUUUUCACAUAUUAAACAUUCUGACAAAUC